AUGCUAAACUCAGUUGUCCCCAAACUGAAAUACUGCUGUAACAGAUUCACGAAAACGUUCUUAUUCUACCAAGGAAAUAAUAACCAUUCAACACUAACUAGCAAAAGAGGUAAAUAUUUUUUUUUUCAGAAAAGGAUUUUAACUAAACAUUGUGAAGCUCAAAAGGAAAGAGAAUUUUUUGUGUACGAAAUUAAAAAUGCUUCUUACAAUUCGACCAGAAAUAAAAAUAUCAAGGGUGAUACUUCGUAUGAAGGUCCCAAGGAUGGAAAAGUGAGCUCAGAUAAACAAUCUAAGGGAACCCUGUCUGAAGAAGCACCAUAUGAAGAAAUUCCAUUUGAAAGAGAGACUAAUCAAACUGACCAAGCAAACGGGAACGUGUCCAAACACGAGACAGAAAGGGUGCAAACUAGGAAUAUACAUGAAGUGAACCGAACAGAAGAAUGGGAAAAGGAGGGUAGCAUAGAAGAGGCGGUCGAAAUUGACAUAGGGGCUAAGAGAAGUCUACUGGAACUAUUCAAAUACAAGCAAUUCACAGAUGUACAGAGAAUAAUAUAUGAAAAUAUUAUAAAAGAAAAAAAGAAAAAUGAUUUACUCGUUCAGGCCAAAACAGGCACAGGAAAAACGAUUGCCUACUUACUUUUAGCAUUAAAUGAUAUCCAAAAAAAUAAAAUUCUGAGUGUUCACACACUUAUAAUAGUCCCGACAAGAGAAUUGGCAAAUCAGAUUUAUAAUGAAGCCAAAUUAUUACUAACGUUUAAAAAUAAUAUUAAUGUCUUAACCCUUAUUGGAGGAGUAAAAAGAAGAGAAGAUCAAAUUAAUCUAAGAAGAAUUAAACCAGAUAUAAUUAUAUGCACAGUUGGUAGAUUAUUAGAUCAUUUUGAAUGUACAUAUUUAUUUAAUACAUUAUUUGAUAAUUUAAAAAUGCUAAUAAUUGAUGAAGCAGAUCAGUUAUUAAGCUUAGGCUAUCAAAAUGAUAUUAGUAGAAUAUUAACUUAUUUACCAAAAAAUAGAAGAAAUUUACUCUUCUCAGCAACUUUAUGUCAUAAUAUAGAUGACAUAAGAAAGCAAAUGUGUAAAUCUGAUUACAUAUUUCUAAACUGUGUAAAGGACACUUCAAAACACACCAAUGAACAACUAAAACAGUAUGUUAUAUUCCACAAAGCGAUUGACACAACUGUUUUGUUGUAUAAUUUACUAAUUGAACACAUGAGAUUAAAUCAGUUUACUUACAAGAUAUUAGUUUUUUUCCCAACAGCUAGAGCUACAUCUUUUUAUGCAAAUUUUUUUAAAAAUCAGUUAAAAAUUUCAGUCUAUGAAAUUCAUAGAAAAAAAGAACCCGUUCAUAGACAAAUAACAGCUAACCGAUUUUCAGUAGAAUCUGUUGGAAUAUUAUUCACUUCGGAUAUAAGUUCAAGAGGAAUAAACUACCCAGAUGUAACUUUAAUUAUUCAAGUCAAUUGUGCUAUUUCAAGAGAGCAAUAUAUACAUCGAGUUGGCAGAACCGCUAGAAGUAAUAAAGAAGGAACCAGCAUAUUACUACUCAAUGAAGCUGAUCAUUUAUUUUAUCAGCAAAUAAAAGAUCUAAAUAUAGAAAAGUUAAAUCCAAAUGAUUAUAUAUUAAAAAAUACAAAUAUCUCCAAUUAUUUAAGUACGUGGAUGUCCAAUACUCAGUUGUUAUAUUUAGCAUAUGCUUAUUAUUCUUCUCUUUUAAGAUUUUACAAAACCAAAUAUCUUACUCUAAAGUUAACGGAUGAUGAAAUCAUUGAUGCCGUUAAUAACGCUUUACUUUCAACAGGACUAGUUGAACAACCUUACAUUUCAAGUGAAUUGGCCAUAACUUUAAAUAUGCAAAAUAACACCAAACUCAAAAUUAGGAAAGACAUAAGUGAUUUGUUAUUGUAG